GAGAAGACGCUUCAUUUCAGCUGCCGUUGUUGUCCGUGCUCGAGUCCGGGGUGUCAAAAUACGUGCCACAAAAACAGUGUAGAGCGGACGGGUUGCUCUCGACGUAGGGGCGCAAACGAAAGGCAACAAAAAAUCGACCGUCUGUUGUUAUUGUGAUGUGCUGUGCAUGGCUGUUGAUGCCGCGUUCGCCAGAUAGAAGGCGAGGAAUGAAAGCAUUAUAAAAUUAGUCAAGAAAAGGAAGAGCCGAGUGGAGAAAUAAAGUCGACCCGUCAGGGCGGUCUGCAAGGCAGCUCAGUGUUGUGCAUUGAAGGGAAGAAAAUAGCUGUAUAAAACAAUCUUGUGUGCUAAUGUGUUUUCCAUCGGCUUAGCUCCGCACUACAUACGAAGAGCAGUGUAUUUUUGUUGAUGGUGGUGUGUGCUUAUUUAUAAACGGAUAUCACCACUGAGGGGAGCCCCUGUGUGGAGCCCAGGGAAAGAGAAGAUUCGACCGUUGAGUCGUCGAAAAAAAAGUGAAGCGGCGAAGAAUUCGAACAACAGCGAUCAGUUUAGCAUACUGAAGGUUUCUCCGACGGAAUUGAACAACCGCGUUUGCUGCACAGAAGAGCAGAUUGGGUGAAUUGGGUCCGCCUGGUUCUCAGAAGGAGUUGUAAAGUUAAGAGCGAAGCAAAACAAGUGACCGACUCACGACCUCCGCAAUCGUGUGUGGAUGUGUACGCAAAGCAUGAAAUGAGUGAAUAAAACAGAUUAUUUUGUAUAUUUUAUGCUCUGAUCGAAACUAGAACAGCGCUUCUCGCAUUAAACAUCCGUGACGGGAGUGGUGUAAAUUCCGGGCUAGAAGAGCUAGCGGGAAAAGUGAAAAUGCCAUUUGAUGACUUCGGUGAUGAAGUGAAUGAAAGUUUCUUUUCUGAGUAGAGUAUAUUUACUUUUUGAAUUUUGAUUGACGGGCGCGACCGCACGGCGAAAAUUCAUCAACCUGGCUUCGGUACAGGGUAGCGGAAUCAUAUUCAUUCUACUUGGCUGUGGAAUCGUGCUGCUGAGUUGUUGUACGUCAGUAACUGCGGGCCGGAAUAACUUCCUUCGUCACGAUGAUGCCCUGCCGAAGGGAUGCACCUGGACCGGUGUGGUAUUGGAAGUUUCGCAGGAGAAAAGGUCCGACGAAUUGCAGUGCAAAAUCAAAACCAUAACCAAGACCGAGAGUCUGCUAGCUAAUAUAAGUAGUUAUCAAAUUGAUAGGAUAAAGUCGCUCAAGCUAGAGUGUAACGACAUAAUGUUCUUUGAAAGUUCCUUAGAAUCAACCACCACACCAGGAAACUUCCUGGGCAAUCUUAACAGCCUUUUGAAGCUGUCGGUUGAGUACUGUAAAAUAAAGUACAUCCCCGCGAUGGCAUUCUCAAAUAUGAAAGUGCUCAAAAGUCUUUCCCUGAGCACCCAUAAUAUUGACUGGUCUGUUAUGAACCUUGAGCUGCAUCCCGAUAGCUUCCGGGGAUUGACCGAGCUUAAAGAGAUGCACCUGUCGGAUAACAACAUCUGGAGCUUACCGAACGAGGUAUUCUGUCCCCUUUACACACUGAGAGUGCUCAACCUAACCGGAAAUCGGUUGAGUGACAUAUCCCAGCUGUCAUUGUCUGAUUGGGGUAAAGGCCCAAUUGCUCCCGGGAAGGCUUGCAAUACGGGUUUGGAAGUACUGGAUCUGUCGAGCAAUGACAUCACACUUUUGCCCGACAAUGGGCUCUCUGCUUUGAGAUCGCUUAAUGCACUUUACCUACAAGACAACCUCCUCAAAGAAAUCGCCGACCGAGCCUUCGUGGGAUUGGGAACGCUUGAAAUUGUCACCCUGUCCAAUAACAAGCUCACUGCCCUAACACCGGAGCUGUUCCAAUCAUCCCGCAAGAUACGACAAGUUAAUCUACAAAAUAAUUCCCUAUCGGUGCUCGCACCCGGUGUUUUUGAAGGGUUGGAUCGGCUCGAAAUGUUGGACCUGUCGCGAAAUCAACUGACUUCGACGUGGGUCAAACGUGACACAUUUGCCGGUCAAGUGCGCUUGGUUGUGUUAAAUCUCGGCUACAACCACCUCACCAAGGUAGACCAGCACGUAUUCAAGGGGCUGUACAGUUUGCAAAUUCUCAACCUGGAGCACAAUGCCAUAGAGCUGAUUGCUGACGGUGCGUUUAGCGAUCUGAAAAAUUUACAUGCACUGUUUCUCUCGCACAACCGGUUGCGGCAGAUCGAGCCGUACCAUUUCAGUGAAUUGUACGUACUGAAUCAGCUGAUACUGGAAUCGAACCAGAUUGCGUACAUCCACGAGCGUGCCUUUGAGAAUUUAACCCACCUGCACGAUUUGAGUCUGAACGAUAACCGAUUGGAAGAGAUUCCGUCCGGAAUGAAGAGCUUGAAAUUUCUGCAAUCGUUGGAUUUGGGCAAGAAUCAAAUUUCGGAGAUUAAUAAUUCAUCCUUCGAGGGGCUGGAAGAGCUUAUCGGGCUGCGGCUGGUCGACAAUCAGAUAACGGAAAUUUCCAGGGAUACGUUUUUCGCAUUGUCAACGAUUCACGUGCUAAAUCUGGCCAGCAACCGGAUACGACACGUGGACCAGUCGGCGUUCAGUUCGAAUCCAACGCUUCGAGCCAUUAGGCUGGAUAGUAAUGAACUGGAGGACGUAGCAGGGGUGUUCACUUCCCUGACGUCGCUUGUCUAUUUGAAUAUCUCCGACAACAACAUCGGUUGGUUUGAUUAUUCGCACUACCCGCAGUCGUUGGAGUGGUUGGACAUCCACAAGAAUAAUAUCUCCGAGCUGGGCAAUCGGUACGACGUGGGAAAUUGGUUUCAGCUGAAAAUGCUGGACGUGUCCCACAAUCGCAUCAAGCACAUCAACUCGAGCUCGUUUCCGAAAAACAUUGAAACCCUGCUGUUGAACAAUAACCAAAUCGAGGAGAUUGCCCCAGAGACGUUCACCAGCAAGGAGAGCAUUGUGAAGGUGGUUCUCUAUGGGAAUCACUUGCGUCGGUUGGAACGGUCGAUGCUGGCAUUGACGCUGGUGCCGGAUACGCGAACUUUGCCGGAGUUUUAUAUAGGAGAUAAUUUAAUCCACUGUGAUUGCAACAUGGAAUGGCUGCAGCGCAUCAAUGGGCUGGACUAUCUCCGACAGUACCCGCAGGUGAAAGAUCUCGACUCGGUGAUGUGCACGAUGGAGCACGAGCGAGGUGAGCUAGUUCGUCCGCUGAUGGAAAUGAAGGCCAGCGAGUUUCUGUGCAAAUACGAGAGCCAUUGUUUCGCGACGUGUCAUUGCUGUGAUUUUGACGCGUGCGAUUGCAAAAUGACGUGCCCUGACAGAUGCAGCUGUUAUCACGACACGGCGUGGGAAUCGAACAUCGUGGACUGCGGCAGUUUGGGUUUGAGUUCAGUUCCGGAGAAAAUUCCAAUGGAUGCCACCGACAUCUAUCUGGAUGGCAACAAUUUCGGUCAGUUGGAGAGCCAUGUUUUUAUCGGCAAGAAAAAACUCAAGUCGCUGUAUCUGAACAACAGCUACAUCGACGGGCUAAAUAAUAAAACGUUUUUCGGAAUUCCGGCACUUAGUGUGCUGCACCUGGAAAGCAAUAGGCUGGAGAGUAUCAGUGGGGCUGAAUUCGAAAAGGUGCAUGAUUUGAAGGAGCUGUUUUUGGAUCACAAUGCCAUCGGUACCAUUGGCAACAAAUCGUUCUAUUAUCAGAAAUCAUUGGAGGUGCUUACGAUAAGUGACAAUAAAAUCAGUGAAUUAAAACCAUGGGAACUGAUGCCACAGGGCGGUACGUUCCGGCUAAUCUCGCUAAGUGGUAAUAAACUGGCCUGUGCUUGUGAAUCGAUGAGUAAGCUAGUGGACUGGGUCGAACGGCAGUUCAACGAAACGAAUGGUCUAAGUGAAUUUCAGUGUUCGAAUAAUAAAUUACUGAAGGACGCGAUUAAGGAGUGUGAGAGCCACAAGAGUGCCCCGAUUGCAACACCAACCGUGCAGCGGACGAUUAUCGAUAAUGAUUUUAUAGACUAUUUGCCGCUGCUGAUUGCCGUGCUGGCUGGACUAGUGUUGACGAUUCUACUGGUGACGUUGGUGUUCAUUUUCCGGAACGACGUUUGUCUGUGGGCGCAUUCCCGGUACGGAGUAAGAAUAUGUAAGGAUCCACUUAACGCGAUGGAGAGGUGUGAGGAUAACGAGAAACUUUACGAUGGCUAUCUGGUUUAUAGUGCUGCUGAUGCCGAUAUGGUUACUAGUCAAAUAGCACAAGAAUUGGAGCAUAAUGGGUACGCACUUUGCCUGCACUAUCGUGAUAUUCAUUCAGCAGCCUUCCUGGCAGACUCACUUCAGGGUGCUGCCGAUGCAUCCCGCAAGUUGAUUCUGUUUAUUAGUGUGAAAUUUAUGCAACUAGAAUGGUCUCAACCGGAGUUCCGCGCUGGAUUACAAGCGGUUUUAGAGCUAAUCAGGCCUUCGCGGCGGAGACAGAGGCUUAUUCUCAUUACUUCGGUGCCACAAUCGAUGCUCGCGAUGGAUCCCAUAAUGGACAUCCUCACGCGAACCUGCACCGUUAUCUCGUGGGAUGAUCGUCGCUUCUGGGACAAGCUUCGUUUCGCCAUGCCGGACAUUGGCAAAAAUUCUCCUGUAAAUAAAGCUCCCCAUCGCAAAGCCAUCAACAUCCGGUACACACCGGCUCCAACCAAUCCUACCGCACCGACGGCCACCUGGCCAAAGCGCCUCAAUUCCGAAGUAUGCGUACAAUAUCCACCGCAAUCCGCUCAUUCCCCCAACCACAGUACUUACAACACCGAGGAUGAACUUUCGACCGCUUCCUCGCCGCAGUACGAGGCUCCAUCGCUUCACCACGCAGUUGGAGGUGGUCACGCGAUGGUUCCCUUCCAUCACCACCAUCACCCGCACGCCCCAUCGGCGCCAUCACACCACAUUCCACUGCAGCAGCAGCAGACUGGCAAUUCACCGCACCUGCAAACCUAUCCUCACCAUCCUCAACAUCAACAGCAACAGCCGCACCAUCUACCAUUCAACCAACAGCAGCAGGGCAACUGCUCCUCGGGCAUGGGAGCUCCCGUGGGCUACUACCGCACCAGUAAGUCCAACAAUACCAACACCCUAGGCCACGUGUACUCCACCAUUCCGGAGUCGCAAUACAACACCCAUCACUCCAAUCGCAGCGAUAGCAAUCGACCGUACUUUGUGUAAUAUUUACUCUACUUUUAGCUCUUUUUUCAAAUCUACCACCCACUUCUCCAUUCUCCACCGACCUCCACUCCCCACAUUUCCAUACGUGCACCUACUUCAAUUCCCAUUUCACUCGUACUCGCUUCAAUAGUCCUACUGUUUAAAAAGGCAAAAUAUUGUGUAUAAAAAUUGUUUAUGUACUACACUACUCUGUGAACUACUCGUAGGCUAGGUCAAAACGAAGAAGAAAAAAAGACUUAUUUGAUUAGAAAUCUCCCUCUCCGCCGAUGAACCAUAAUCAACGACUUUCUUUCUGUGCGAGUGGGCAUGCGAUUGGGAUGCCAAUAUGUUUUGCUUUCCUCCAUUUCAAAACAUAAACGCAUCUCGACGGUAAGGGUAUAUGUGAUAUUUCGAGUCGCUCUAUAAUAAGCUCUACUGGAGAAGUUUAAUGAAAAAUGAAAAAAAAAAUCAGCAGUCUUUCAAUACUUUGUAAAGUGAAAUGGUAGAAUGCGCUUCGCUCCAUUGAAAAAAAAAUCAAGUAUGAGGUAAUAAAAAGUCUAAGAUGAAGUCACCACUGACUGUUUGAGUUGGGAA